AUGUUUAGCAAGUUGAGAAGUAAAGUGACGUCGGGGUCAGGGUCACAUUCCAAUUCCAAUUCCAAUUCCCGAUCCACGUCUGAGGACUCGUCACUACACGAGAAAAAUGGCCACGCGUUGGACGCAAGUACAAGUAAUGGCAAUGCAGCCGUUGGUGGUGGUGGGGUAGUUGCUAACAAGCGCGAGCAGCACCCUGAUGACGCACCAAGGUAUACCCCCUUUGAAAACCCGCCGCCUGAGUCAAAGAUACCAGUCGGAGCCACAUUUAGCCAAGACCAAAAAGAGAAAUACCUAAAAGUGCUCACCUAUUUCCAAAACCCCAACUUGACGAUAUCCGACAGCGAAGAGCACCACAAACACAAGAUUCGAAUCAGCGUCGACGAUGGCGGCGCAUUGACCCAGGGUGAAAAAUCGUGGUUGACGAGAGAAUGCUUCUUGAGGUAUUUGAGAGCUACGAAAUGGCACGUCGAAGACGCCAUUGAUCGCAUCGAGUUGACGCUAGCGUGGAGACGAGAAUUUGGCAUCAGUGAACUUUUUGACGACGAAAACGAAGUGAAUGGCAAGCUAUGCGCACCCGAGAAUGAAACUGGUAAAGAAGUAAUCUUGGGCUACGAUAACGAAUCGAGACCGUGUCUUUAUCUCAAACCGGGGCGGCAAAACACCAAGCCGAGCGCGAGACAAGUGCAGCACUUGGUUUACAUGUUGGAACGAGUCAUUGAUUACAUGCCCCUGGGACAGGACUCGUUGGCGUUGCUCAUAGACUUCAAAGCACACCCCGUGGGGACCCAAGGUGGCAAAGUCCCCCCGGUUGGCGUUGGAAGGCAAGUACUACAUAUCUUGCAAACGCAUUACCCGGAACGAUUAGGCAAGGCGUUGUUGACGAAUAUCCCUUGGCUCGGAUGGACUUUUUUGAAGUUGAUUCACCCUUUUAUUGAUCCGCUAACUAGAGAGAAAUUGGUAUUCGACCAUCCCUUCGUUAACUAUGUGCCUAAAGUGCAGCUCGAUAAAGAUUUCAAAGGCGACGUCAACUUUAUCUACGAGCACGAUAAAUACUGGAACAAGAUGAUUGAAAUCAGUCAAGACAAGAAACACAAAUACUUUGAUAGAUUUGAAAAGUUUGGCGCGGUUGUGGGGUUGAGUGAAGUUGAUCUACGUGGAGACGGAGAAGAACUCACUCAUCCCGUCGGUUCGAUCUAA